AUGUCUGCUGAUCCAAGACUCGCAAACGAAGAAGAAGAGGAAGAUUUCAGCGAAGUUAACUGCACAUUCGGCUUCUUCGACCCAGUACCAGCAGAUGCUAUGACAAUUAGCGCUUUCAUGCCAAGAUAUGUUCCAAUCAACAGACUUGAGGUCGCUAGAGCUAUUGCUUGCCAAAACCGUGUUGGUACCACAAUCAAGGAGCAACUUGAAAAUGGUAUGCCAGGUGAUAACUUCUUUGGUUUCAAUUCAGUCCUCAAUCUUGGUGUUUACAAAGACGUUUUACCAAGCUUCGAUGCAUUAAUUAAAUGGCUUGUUGGUCUUGGUAACCCAGUUUUAACACAAGUUCUUACUCAAAACUUGAAGACUACAGGCUGGAUCAUCAACGAGCGCGCUCGUGGUGUUCCAGAUGGCUUAGCACCACACCUUAUGCGUGGUCUCUUCAAGGAAAUCAUGUGGGCUACAGAAGAUCUUGAUACAGAAGAAGAUCGUGCUUCAUUCCGCUUUACACACUACAUUAUGAUUAAGAAAGUUCCAAUGACGGAAGAUGGUUUAGUCUUCCAGAACAUUGAAGACGAGUUCUUCCACAAAGAAGCUCCAGUCAAAGUCGAAUUCCAAACUGGGGGCGAAGACGGUGAUCUUGAUGGCGUUGAGUACCAUCACAUAGUCAUGUUAUUCGAUCCAGAUGUUGUAAAGAAAGUUCGCGCCCUUCUCAAUGAAACAUUCAUGAUCGAUGAGUCUAUUUACGAAAAUGAAGAUGCCAAAUAA